UGUUAAACCAACCCACGACCGGGUCGAAACGACCGAAGGCUCACAGUGUUUGUGUGUGUGUGUGUGUGUUCCUGUCACUCUUGACCUGAGCAGCGAGGAGCAGCAUGAAGACGGCUCUGGUCCUGCUGGGAUAUCUGAGCUGUGUUCAGAGUCUGGUGAGGGUACCACUAAUUCGUUUGCCCUCGGUUCGCGGUCGGCUUCGAGCCGCUGACCAGCUGAAUGAGUUCCUGCGUGAGCACCAGCCGGACGUGUUCUCCAGGCGCUACGCUCAGUGUUACCCAGCCGCACAACACUACCUUCGCCUGGGGGGCAGAUCCGUAGAGAGACUCUACAACUUCAUGGACGCACAGUUCUUCGGUCAGAUCAGUCUGGGCAAACCAGAGCAGAAUUUCACGGUGGUGUUUGAUACGGGCUCCACCGAUCUCUGGGUCCCUUCAUCUUACUGCGUGAGCCAAGCAUGCGCGAUGCACCACAAGUUCAAGGCCUUUGAGUCCAGCACGUACGCCCAUGACGGACGAGUCUUUGGCAUCCAUUACGGCUCUGGUCACCUGCUGGGAGUGAUGGCCAGAGAACAACUAAAGGUGGGCUCUUUGACGGUCCAGAACCAGGUGUUCGGAGAGGCUGUGUACGAGCCUGGCUUUACCUUCGUCCUGGCUCAGUUUGACGGGGUUAUGGGUCUGGGUUUCCCUCCGCUGGCAGAGGAGCUGGGCUCUCCUGUGUUUGACAGUAUGAUAGCGCAGGGCUUGCUGGACCAGCCCGUCUUCUCCUUCUAUCUCAAGAACAACGUUUCUGGCUUCGGAGGGGAGCUGCUGUUCGGGGGUGUGGAUGAAAGCCGCUUCGUUUCUCCCAUCAACUGGGCUCCGGUCACUCAGAAGGGCUACUGGCAGAUCAGAUUAGACACUGUGAGGGUUCAGGGAGCUCUGAGUUUCUGCUAUCGUAGCGCUCAAGGCUGCCAAGCCAUAGUGGACACAGGAACCUCUCUGAUCGGCGGCCCAGCCAGAGACAUCCUGCUCCUCCAGCAGUUUAUUGGAGCAACACCCAGCGCUGUCGGAGAGUACCUUCUAGACUGUGUGAGGAUCAGCAGUCUUCCUGUAGUGUCUUUCCUGAUCAAUAAUGUGGAGUAUUCUCUGACUGGAGAGCAGUAUGUCAGGAGGGAGGUGCUGAACAAUAAGGAGAUCUGCUUCAGUGGCUUUCAGUCUAUAGACGUCCCGUCUCCUGCUGGCCCCGUCUGGAUUCUAGGAGAUGUUUUCCUCUCUCAGUUUUACAGCAUCUAUGACAGAGGUCAUGAUCGGGUGGGACUCGCUCAUCUUUCAGGAAGGUCACAGAUCUCUGUUUAGAUCACAUCUCAUCUCUGAAUGUGCUGCUAAAUGCAGAAGAACCUAAUGAAUGUUUUACAUUCUCUAUUAAAUCACUACACUUCAUCA